GAUACGAUACGAUACGAUACGAUACGAUACGAUACGAUACGAUACCAGACGACGUCUCACGACUACGCAGGCCAUAGUCGAUUCUUUGCGAAACCGACCUGUCUUUCGCCGGCCAGAAAUCACUUCCAUCCCUCGCCUGGGUCUCUGCUUGAUUCAGCCAAUCUCGCAGCAUAAAGCUGCCUUCACUCCUUCAAGCGUUCCGUUACAUAUCAGCAAUUGACGGCCAUCCCUGCAGGGUUCCUUGAAUGAGAUAAUCUGCUUGGUCAAGUGCGGAUUUGUACAUCGACAAAAAUUGCGCAACACCACCACCUCUCGAAGGCAUCUCCUCGGAUUUCAAGAACCCCAUGAUCCGGAAACAUUAUGACGCGACCACAAAUUAUUCGAGCUGACUCGAUUGAUCUUCAGGACCAAAGUGCUCCCUCAGCUCAGGACCACACACGGCAACCUACCAACCCAGCCCCCUUAGGCGCAGGACCUCCAGCUCCACACCAGGCCGAGACAUUGCGUGAAUUGGCUAUAGAGGCAGCGGAGGAAAAUCACAGAAGUCCAAGGAUUUCGAAGGAAUGGUCAAAGGGCGAGGUCCAGCAGUACGAUGACGACGACCUGGCGGCAGGGGUCGCAUCCAAAUUGACGGGCUCCAAUCUUCACCAGCAGGAUGAUCUAGCCAUUGCGCAAAAUGGGGGGUUGUCAGGGUCGACAGCUGAAGAUGCCGACAUGGCAGAUGCGGAGGGCGACGACGGAAUGGACGACGAUAUGAUGGACAAGAUAUCCAGCUCUCCGUCAAUCGAUGAUGAGGAUAUCGAUUUCGAAUUCGUCUAUGCCCUGCACACAUUCGUUGCAACUGUUGAAGGCCAGGCAAACGCUACCAAGGGGGACACGAUGGUCCUCCUCGACGACAGCAACAGCUACUGGUGGCUUGUCAGGGUAGUCAAAGACAGCAGUAUCGGUUACCUGCCAGCAGAGCAUAUUGAGACGCCGACGGAGCGACUAGCGCGAUUGAAUAAACACAGGAAUAUUGACCUCACUUCCACAAUGCUGGGUGACCAAGAGGCCAAGUCCAAAAAUCCCCUCAAGAAGGCAAUUCGAAGACGAAAUGCCAAGACAGUCACCUUCACAGCUCCAACUUACGUCGAAGCAUCGGAUAUUGACUACUCAACAGAAGAGGAAGAUGGCGAAGGCGACUAUUAUGGACAAAAUGGACAGCAAGAACAAAACGGAGACCAACAGGACCAAGCUGCCGAUGAGGAUGAGAUCAAGGCUGUCGAGCCUCUGAAACCCCGAGCCGAGAUUCGAGAAGUCAGGUCCGAAUCAGCGGAACCAGAAGCGAGUAGGGAUCCGACAGGCAAAGGCAGCUCUGAUACUACCCGAACAAGCGACGAAAUAUUCGAUGGCAAGGUUGAGAGUAAAUCUCGGAAUGGGACUGUGAGAAAUACAGAUUCGUUCUUCAAGGAUGAUUCGGUGGAGACCCGGAAAAUAACCCUCACACCCAAUUUGCUGAGAGACGAUUCGAGCACAUCCACUCGGACUUCCAACGAUUCGAAAGAGCUCAAGCAACGUCCUAGUCUUGACAAAUUGGAGAAGGAAUUCUCGGAUAAGUCAAAGGAUAAGAAGGACAAGAAAGAUAAGAAGGAGAAGGACAAGAAACCAGGAAUGCUCAGCGGUCUUUUCAAACGGAAAGAAAAGAAGGCCAAAGCCUCAGUUGAGGAUGAAGUCGAUGAUUUGAUGGCUGGGAAAAGGUCAACCGAAAACCCGAGAGCUUCCCCGUCACCCAGUAAAGACUCGGACGAAACUGCCCCAGUCGAGGAACCCGUGGUCGCGCAGACUCCUGAGAGACAGCCGAGCAAGUUGCAAAAACAGCGGAACGACAUGUCACCUAGCCGAAAGCCUGCAGCAGCCAAAGAAACGAAGGCUGUGGAGCCUCAACAGGCACCUGCGCCUGAGAGACCACCACCGGCUGACUCGGCACAGGCGCCAUCUAUGCGUUUGGUCCAGCCAGAGCCUUCGAUCGAAGAACUUAGUCAGCCACGGGAUGCGUCCCCUGAACUCACACGGAACCAGCAGUCUCGUAAUCUGUCCCCCGAAGCCACCAGAGGGCGUAAUACUUCCCCAGAAGCUACAAGGACGGCGCCUGUUCUGGCGGCAGCUAAGGAGCAAAAGACAGGGGGAACAAUAUCCAAAAUCCUCCGAUCCGCCAGUUCAAGUACUUCCGAACCACGGCCGGUCAAAGCGAAGAAAGCUAAAUCUCGCGUGGAAUUGGAUGACUUUGAUUCUUCUAGCGAAGAAUUUCCUGCGGAAGAGCCUAUGCGGGGAGCAAGCAAGCAGACCCAGCGGCCGAUACCUGGUGCAUUUCCAGAUAGUUAUAUCGGAUCUCCUCCGACCGAGCGAUCCAAUCCUGCAGAAGAAAGGCUUUCAGAGUCUCCGGUCCAGGUGUCUCCCGUGACAGCUUCACAAUCGUACCCUCCUGCACUCAUGGUUGACACUUCAAGUCAAGAAGAACCGCCUUCGCCUGUAUCAUCGCCGUCACCCGAGCUGAUAGAUGCAGAUGAUGCUCGCGAAAAGAAAGGCGCCGGGAGCUCUACUACCUCCACUUCAACUGCAACCUGGAGCGAUGCCCACCUCAGAACAUUCUUUGACGAUGACGCCGAUAUCAAAGAUCUGCUCGUAGUAGUAUAUGACAAGUCUGGAGUGGUCCCCGCUGGGCCCGACCACCCAAUAACCGGAAAUCUCUUCAGAGAAGAGAACGCCAAGUUGGCAGACAUAACCAAUCGCCUGGAUGGCAUGCUCGGGGAUUGGUUAGCUCGCAAAAUGAGAACCCAAGCCUCUAGGUAAACAGCACUAUCCGGCUUAUCCUAUGUAAAUGAUGCACACGAAAAUGAUGAAUGAAGUUCUUACGGGAGGGGCGUCCUCGUCCCAUAUUUUGGCGCAUAGGGUCGGGUUCGGUAACCGGCAAGGAACCUUGGGCAACAACCUGGGUUGGGCGCGGCGUGGCAUGGGAAUUCUUAUUAGUCUAUCAUAUUGGAUGGGGUCCCGAGCUGAACUCAGCAGAGUUGGGUAGAUACAGUGCCAUCUACAAAAUUUGUCCCUACCAAUAUCGACAAUGCUUCCUGAUAGCUUAUCUGAGUCUAUUGGGAUGUCCCACUUGCGUGCUGUGCUGUGUGCUGUCUCAUGUUAAUUGAUCCCCUCCUACUUCGCUGCCGUCACAGCACGUCCAAGCCAGCGCCGAGAUUGAACGUUAUUGAAAAUUUGAGCACCCGCCACUUCGAGCACUGGCCUGGCCCCCACGUCACUAACAGAAAAAAGCGACAGCUUUCGACUGCUAUCGACUGUUAUCUACUGGUAAUGAUGAUGGGGUCCAACAAGGCUGGAUUCAGAAUGCCGCCAGCGCCUCUUGCACCAUACCUUGCAGUGGUCCCAAUAUUUAUGCUAUUUUCAUCUGGCAUAGCGUUCUUACCGCUUUGACCCGCCUUCAUAGUGCAGACACAGAAAAGCGGCACCAAGUACAGCUCCUGUAACAGGUACCUAUUAAAUGCUCCCAGGAUUCUCACCACAGAUUGAAGCCCCAGACAGCUUCCAGGACUCGAAUCCAUGAUGAAGCCAUAUGUCUCUUUCCAUUUCUUCUUCCUAGAUAGUAUUUUUCUAUUAGAAGUGG